UUGAGAGGGGUCCGACUCGUGGACGAUGGCCACUGGGACCUGCUCUUGUUCGCUCGCCUCCAUCGGCUCGCUCAAAGCAGCAUUUGUCGUGUCACGCGUGACAGCCUACUUAAUCCAGGUCUCAUGUGGCUCUUACGAAGAGCGUACACCUCGGUCGCUCCGAAACACGUUCAAUACUUCCAAACCAUUCUUCCUCCCCAUGCUGUUCUUUCCUCCCUUCCUCCCCACAACACCCCUUCCGAAGAUCUUACUCCAUUCAACACGGAUUGGAUGCAAAAGUAUCGCGGUCAAGCGAGCACCGUCUUGAAACCGAAGACAACUCAACAAGUCAGCGACAUCGUGCGUUAUUGCUCAGAGCACACAAUCCCAAUUGUACCUCAAGGUGGAAACACUGGUCUUGUCGGCGGUAGCAUACCAUUGCGUGACGAGCUCGUUGUCUCCCUGGCCAACAUGAAUUCUGUCCGUUCAUUUGAUCCCGUGUCCGGUAUUCUCGUGGCAGAUGCUGGUUGCAUUCUCCAGUCCUUAACAGACUAUGUGGCGCCGUAUAACCACAUAAUGCCUAUUGACCUCGGUGCUAAAGGCAGCUGUCAUAUAGGUGGAAAUGUCGCGACCAACGCUGGUGGCUUGCGCUUAUUGAGAUACGGCUCUCUCCACGGGUCUGUCUUGGGUUUGGAAGUCGUUCUACCCGACGGUACGAUCCUUGACCAACUAACAUCGCUUCGCAAGGACAACACUGGUUACGAUCUCAAGCAGCUCUUCAUCGGUGCUGAAGGGACACUCGGGAUAAUCACCGCCGUCUCCAUUCUCACACCACCCUCCCCUCAGGCAUCGAACAACGUGAUUCUUGCUCUACCACAUUUCGACAAUGUCCUGCCAUUAUAUCGAACUGUCAAGCGUCAACUUUCCGAGAUUCUGUCUGCCUUCGAGUUUAUUGAUCGAACUGCCUACGAGUUGGCUGUCAAACACGGCCAGGGUCGCGGUCUGUCCGAGGAUGAAAUCGCUGGCGCAGAAUGUUUCGUACUUGUUGAAACCAGUGGUGGACGACGCGAGCACGAUGAGGAGAAACUUACGGAUUUGUUGGGCGACCUCCUUGAAGCGGAAAAACCCCUCAUCAAUACCGGUGUUCUUUCUCAAAAUCCAGCGCAGUUCUCAUCUCUCUGGGCAUUGCGUGAAGGUGUAACCGAGGCGGUUUCGAAGGAAGGAAAGGCCUAUAAAUACGAUAUUUCCAUCCCUUUGGCUUCUUUCAAGGAGGUGGUAGAUACCACACGGGAACACUUACGUUCCAAAGGUCUCCUAGGGGAACACGCAGUAAAACACGUCCUGGGCUAUGGUCAUGUCGGCGAUGGAAAUUUGCACCUAAAUGUUUGCGCCGCAGAAUAUACUCAAGAAAUCCAAGAUGCCUUGGAACCUUUCGUAUAUGAACUUGUUGCCUCUUAUCGCGGUUCUGUGUCUGCUGAGCAUGGUAUUGGGUCAAUGAAGACUCAUGCCCUACAUUACUCGAAGAACGACACGAGCAUCGCUUGGAUGAAAAAGAUCAAGACUCUGUUCGACCCGAAGGGAAUCAUGAAUCCAGGGAAGGUGCUUGAAUAG